AUGGAAAGUGCUUUCGGCCUCGACUUUGGUGAGUAUGACGAGGAGGCACUCCAAACGAUCCUCAUAUCGCGAGCUGCAAAGAGCAGCGUGAAGCAUUUAGAGGAAGUAAGACAAGGACUUGCAAUCGGCACUAGCAAGACCAUGACGAAACAGCAGCACCAGGCUAUAGACACGGAAGCCAACCAAGACAUUUGGGACUUUCCGAAAAUCAGGGGAGUCACUAAUGCUGUCCUCAACUUGUUGAAGAAUACUCUGAAGGUUGACGAGUCUGACGAGGAGGAUCGGCGUUUGUUCGGCGACCUUGAGAUGAAUGAUGAAGGAAUGAGCGACGAGCCACUGGGCUGCAAGGGGGACAUGUCCUUGGACCGCCAAGCCCUCGAAUUAAAUGCUAGGCCUGGGGCUGAAGUCAUGGAGUUCUUUCAUGACAGGAAUGUGGCAGAAGCCAAGGUUCAGCCGGAUGCGAACCAGCUCACGGAGUGGGAUGAGGUCCUUGACGACUCGGAGAUCGAGGCACUCAACCGUCUCGUCUACGAGCUUCAGCCGAAACUCGCUCCUCCAGAAGAGAUGUCCGUCCAGGUGCGGCGGAAGCCGCUGCUGAAGUACAACGCGGUGCUUUUCUUCGGAGAGGCUUCUGGGGCCAACCUCCAAGCCCGUGGUGGUGGUGGCAGGGAUGGCGCGGUUCAGGACAUUCGGCGGGCCAUGUUGCGGAGUUUGGCAAGGCCGAGUUUGCAGAAAGCUCCUGAAUGGCUCCUGUCCCUCACUCGGCUUUGCCGGGUGGUCGGGCAGUCAACGAGACCAUGGCGGAUGACCAGCGCGCUGUACACCGGACACUAUUGGCACGGCGUGCCAUGUCCGUGCGCUGAGCUCUGCAGAUGGUCGGUGAGAUGCAAUACGAUGUUAUCAAACCUCGAAUGGUUAACUUGA